CUGGCUGCUGUCCUGCCUCCCUGAACUCCCCCAGCGAUCCGGUUCCAGCUCCCUCAGUCCCCCACCUCCUCAUCCAGGCUAGGGGAUCCAAGGGGGCCGCGUCCCCCUCAUCCCCCAGGAGACGCCCUUUCCCUGUGCUCCCGGGACUUCGUGAAACUUUGCAAGCACCGGCGGUGAAAUGGAUUUAAUCCGAAGCCUCUUGCUCCGGCUCAUACUCCUGGCUUCCAGCCUCGGACCCGGGUCAGGGUCGCUCGGAGCGGCUCUCCGGAAACCAGGCAAAGUGGGACCUCCUCUUGACAUUGUGCUGGACUCAUUGAACUGUACAGCUGUCAGAAUCCAGUGGAAAAUGCCAAGGCACCCCACGAGCCCCGUCACUGGGUACACUGUGUUUUACUCUGAAGUCGAUGCCGAUAAAUCCUUGCAGGAGCGAUUGCAUAACGUGCCUCUCAGCCAGACCUCGUGGACCCCUGAACAACCUGAUCAUCAGGCGGUUUUUGAGGAAGUGAUAGGAGAUUUGAAGCCAGACACUGAAUACCUAGUGAGCAUCGCAGCUUACAGCCAGAGUGGCAAAGGGCGGCUUAGCUCUCCUCAACAUGUUACCACUUUGUCUCAAGAUUCCUGCCUACCUCCAGCAGCACCCCAGCAGCCACAAGUCAUUGUGGUUUCUGAUUCCGAGGUUGCCCUAUCUUGGAAACCUGGAGAGAGUGAAGGAAGCUCCCCAAUUCAGUACUAUUCUGUGGAAUUCAUCAGGCCAGAUUUCGACAAGAGUUGGACCUUAAUUGAAGAGCAGAUCCAGAUGGACUCUAUGGUCAUCAAGGGCCUCCUUCCAGACACGAAAUACCAGUUUGCCGUGAGGGCCACGAAUCUCCACGGCCGCAGCCCCCGCAGCAGGCCCAGCGACCCCGCUCGAACCCUCCGCACGGAGGAAGCAGGAAGUGGCCGCUAUGGACCCCAUUAUAUCACAGAUGUGGGAGUCAGUGAUGAUGAUGAUGGAUUCGAAGAUGACUUAGAUUUGGAUAUUUCCUUUGAGGAGGUUAAACCUCUUCCUGCUGUCAAAGGAGAGAAUAAGAAGUUUUUGGUGGAAACGAAGGUGACCUCAAUAUCUACCCCAAAGACCGUUUCUAGGCUUGCCUCUCCAACCUCAGCGUCUCUCCCUACAACAAUGGUGGCUCCCCAUGCCACUCCAGUAGAGGGGAAGGGGAAGAAUGGCGUGGUUGUGGUGCCACGGCUCUUUGACAUGUCUUGUGAUGAAACCAUCUGCUCUGCUGACAGCUUUUGUGUCAAUGACUACACCUGGCGGGGUUCGCGGUGCCAUUGCAUCCUGGGCAAAGGUGGAGAGAGCUGCUCUGAAGAUAUUGUUAUACAGUAUCCUCAGUUCUUUGGCCAUUCCUAUGCAACCUUUGAACCUCUGAAGAACUCCUAUCAGGCAUUUCAAAUUACUCUUGAAUUAAGGGCAGAGGCAGAGGAUGGCUUGCUGCUCUAUUGCGGAGAGAACGAACACGGGCAGGGUGACUUCAUGUCCCUGGCAAUCAUCCAACGCUCACUCCAGUUCAGAUUUAAUUGUGGAACCGGGGUUGCCAUCAUCACAAGUGAGACCAAAAUCAAACUGGGGGGCUGGCACAUGGUUACGCUCUACAGAGAUGGGCUGAAUGGACUUCUGCAGCUGAACAAUGGCACCCCAGUGACAGGCCAGUCCCAGGGCCAGUACAGUAAAAUUACCUUCCGGACACCUCUGUAUCUUGGUGGGGCUCCCAGUGCUUACUGGUUGACCAGAGCCACAGGAACAAGCCGAGGCUUUCAAGGCUGUGUGCAGUCGCUCACUGUUAAUGGGAAGAGAAUCGACAUGAGGCCCUGGCCACUAGGAAAAGCACUCAGUGGGGCUGAUGUGGGGGAAUGCAGCAGUGGCAUCUGUGACGAGGCCGCGUGUAUCAAUGGUGGCACCUGCACAGCAGUCAAAGCCGACUCCUACAUUUGCCUCUGUCCCCUUGGGUUUAAAGGUCGACACUGUGAAGACGCAUUCACCCUGGCCAUCCCACAAUUCAGCGAGGCCCUGAGGUCCUAUGCAGCAACUCCGUGGCCACUGGAGCCCCAGCAUUACCUUUCCUUCAUGGAGUUUGAGAUCACAUUUCGGCCAGACUCAGGAGACGGCGUUCUCCUAUACAGCUAUGACACGGACAGCAAAGACUUCCUGUCCAUCAACAUGGCAGGCAGCCAUGUGGAGUUCCGCUUUGACUGUGGUUCUGGAACAGGUGUCCUCAGGAGUGAAGAUUCCCUACCCCUAGGCCAUUGGCAUGAGCUGCGUGUGUCUCGCACGGCGAAGAACGGUAUCUUACAGGUGGAUAAGCAGAAGGUAGUGGAGGGAAUGGCAGAGGGAGGCUUCACUCAGAUUAAGUGCAACACAGACAUAUUUAUUGGUGGAGUCCCCAAUUAUGAUGAUGUGAAGAAGAACUCGGGCAUCCUCAAGCCAUUUAGUGGGAGUAUCCAGAAGAUUAUCCUGAACGACAGGGCCAUCCACCUGAAGCAUGACUUCACGUCCGGCGUGAACGUGGAGAACGCGGCCCACCCCUGUGUGGGGGCCCCCUGCACCCACGGGGGCAGCUGCCGACCCCGGAAGGAGGGCUAUGAGUGUGACUGCCCCUUGGGCUUCGAGGGGCAGCAUUGCCAGAAAGCGAUCACGGAAGCUAUCGAGAUCCCGCAGUUUAUCGGCCGAAGUUACCUGACAUAUGACAAUCCAGAUAUCCUGAAAAGGGUGUCGGGAUCAAGAUCAAAUGCAUUCAUGAGGUUUAAGACAACUGCAAAGGAUGGUCUGUUGAUCUGGAGAGGAGACAGCCUGAUGAGACCCAACAGCGACUUCAUUUCCUUGGGCCUUCGGGAUGGAGCCCUGGUGUUCAGCUAUAACCUGGGCAGUGGUGUGGCAUCCAUCACGGUGAACGGCUCCUUCCACGAUGGCCGCUGGCACCGAGUCAAGGCUGUCAGGGAUGGCCAAUCAGGAAAGAUAACCGUGGAUGAUUAUGGGGCCAGAACGGGUAAAUCACCUGGCAUGAUGAGGCAGCUCAACAUCAAUGGACCCCUAUAUGUGGGCGGAAUGAAGGAAAUUGCUCUGCACACUAACAGGCAAUACAUGAGAGGGCUCGUGGGUUGUAUCUCUCAUUUCACCCUGUCCACCGAUUAUCACAUUUCCCUUGUGGAAGAUGCUGUGGAUGGGAAAAACAUCAACACCUGCGGAGCCAAGUAACACCAGCCGGCCUUGCCCGGAGGGGCAGAGCCUUCUAUCCUGAGACUCCCUGGGGGCCCUGAGACCCUGCCUGAUGCCCCACACUGAGGUCCAGGGACCUGGUGCGUUUCUUCUCAUCACAGGAGAAAGCACACCCUGAUGCUGGGGACUGAGACAGGCAUCCCCACGUGGCCUUUCCUGCUGAUACUCUGUGGACCAUACCAAAUGGAAUACUCUGUGUAGGAAGCAUUGGACUUUGUCCAUUGAACGUGUAGUGGCUGCCAGAGAUCAUGCAUCAAUGCAAAUUCCAGAGCCUGUCUGCUGUAGUUCUGUGACUGUGUUGUGAUUCAUAGUACGUUAAAAAAAGGAAGAAAAAAAAAAAGGACAAAGAAAUCCAAAGGGCAGUAUUAAAAUACUUCUCUCCUUCCCUGACUCAU